CAUUUCAGAGACGGAUGUUCCCUGUCCUCAAGAUUAGUGUCACGGGGCUGGACCCCAAUGCCAUGUACUCCCUCCUGCUGGAUUUCGUCCCCACGGACAGUCACCGCUGGAAGUACGUCAAUGGGGAAUGGGUGCCCGCAGGCAAGCCAGAGGUCUCCAGCCACAGCUGCGUGUACAUCCACCCGGACUCCCCCAACUUCGGGGCGCACUGGAUGAAAGCGCCCAUCUCCUUCAGCAAAGUGAAACUGACCAACAAGUUCAAUGGAGGUGGGCAGAUAAUGUUGAAUUCUCUGCAUAAAUAUGAACCCCAGGUUCACAUAGUGCGCGUUGGAGGUGCCCAUCGAAUGGUGAUGAACUGCUCCUUCCCUGAAACCCAGUUCAUAGCUGUGACGGCCUAUCAGAACGAGGAGAUCACAGCUCUCAAAAUCAAGUACAACCCCUUCGCCAAAGCCUUCUUGGACGCCAAGGAGAGGAAUCACCUUAAAGACGUUCCGGAAGCUGUCUCCGAGAGCCAGCAUGUGGCCUACUCUCACUUGGGAGGCUGGAUCUUUUCCAAUCCAGAUGGAGUGUGUGCAGCAGGAAAUGCCAAUUACCAGUAUGCUACCCCCUUGCCUCUGUCUGCUCCCCACACCCACCAUGGCUGUGAGCACUACCCUGGCCUCCGAGGGCACCGGCAGGCUCCCUACCCUUCGGCCUACAUGCAUAGAAACCAUUCUCCCUCAGUGAAUUUGAUAGAAAGCUCCAGCAAUAACCUGCAAGUUUUCUCCGGAGCUGACAGCUGGACUUCCUUGUCCUCCACACCCCACACCAGCAUCCUGUCCGUACCCCACACCAGCGGGCCAAUCAACCCAGGGCCUAGCCCCUACCCGUGCCUGUGGACCAUCAGCAACAGUGGCGGGGGCCCGGCCGGGCCCGGCCCAGACGUGCACGCCAGCUCCCCGGGGGCGUUUCUUCUGGGGAGCCCAGCUGUGACUUCGCCCCUCUCUGCCCAGGCACCCACUUCGGCGGGAGUGGAGGUUCUGGGGGAGCCCUCGCUGACCAGCAUCGCCGUGUCCACCUGGACAGCGGUGGCCUCACAUCCCUUCUCGGGCUGGGGUGGCCCGGGAGGGGGAGGGCGCCAUUCUCCUUCCUCACUGGAUAGUUAGGCAGGAUCCCAGGGAAGGUGUCAGCGGAGAACCUUCUCCGUAUAGAGCAUUUAGAAAGCCCAUCUACUGAUUCGAGUGACUUAGACUGCAGGGUCUCCUCACCCAGUGAGCUGGAGGGUGGGGUGGGUAACGGGAGGGGCUUUAGUUUGCUGAUGCUCCCUGAUUUCUUUUCGCACUUCCCUUUUUCUCUGCAGCUCAUCUGUGACGUGCUUAGGUAACCAGGGUUCAUGGAGUACCUUCCUUGGCCCUGCCCCUUACUUUCAGAUGAUUCUAGAAGGCCCCACUUCCUGUUCUGUGGAGGUGAUGCAAAGCUGUUAAGUGAGCUCCGAGUUGGCCUGACUAAGGCUUCCUAGCCUUGUGCAGCCCUGGAGAGUAUCUGUGGCCACAGGGCUUCUGCUUUGAGACCACGAGAGGGUGUAAGUCCCCAGAGUAAAGUUUUCAAACAUAGAGCUAAUCAUGUAUUACAGCAAUGUGCCUGGAAUUGAGGAAAUGAGAUCAUGUCCUUCCCUCACUCCGAAACCUUCUAUGGCUCACCAUUGCCUACAGAACGAAGUCAUACCUCCUGACUACAAGGACACCCCCCCACCAUCUAGGCUCAAACCACAUUUCCAGCUUCUGUUCCCUUCAUCAUCAGUGUACUUUCCCACCUCUAUGCUGUCCCCGUGCCUGAAACACCCUUCUCUGUUCAGUCCCACCUGUGUGAGGCCUGCCCAUCCCCCGGGGACUGGCCGAAGCGCCACGGCCGCAUCAAACACCUGACACGCGUCAGUACACGUGACCUUGCCCGGCUGCCUGCCGUCCCACAGGUAUUGCCUCUGUUAUUGAGCUUGCCCCAUUCUGCCUGGUGUUCUUGUUACCUGUGAGUGUGUCUGUCUCCCACUAGACUGUGAGCCCCCUGAGGGUGAGGACCAUUCUUGUCUUUGUACCCACAGCACCUGGCGCUGUGCCUAGUCUAUCGUCAGUGCCCAAUAAAUUGACCGAGUGCAAUUGCUGUGCAAUGCGCAUGUGCUAAUACGACAGCCCCGUGGGGCCCGCUGGGAGGCAGAGCUCGGACACACACGUCUGUCGGUGUUGGGAGCCCAGAACACGCUGGGUGUUUCCCCGGGGUCCCUGUCUGAGGCACAGCCAAUCUGCAGGGAUUGGCGACCUGGAGACAGUGUGGGCUAGAGUGGUUACUUCCAAAUAUCGGUCCUUGGAUCCCCGGUGCCCGGCUCCCCAGGAGCACCUGUUAGAAACACAGAUUCCUGGGCACACUGCAUCCCUAGGGGAUCAGAAUCUUUACGGCUGGUGUCCAGGCAUGUCAGCAGGUGCUCCAGACGACAGUCGCAGAGCCACGUUUGGAACCGACUUGCCUGGAAUAGAGAAAGGAGUUAUCAAUCUCGUAGGAACCUCAUUGCAGAUGAGUUUCGACCUCUGCCCCAGGCAAGGUUGUUUCUACAGCAAUCACGUAGCCAGUGAGCAAAGUCACCGUUUCCUUGGUUUGCCUUUUUCCUCUUCUGCCGCUGCUGGAUGUGCUGAUAACUAUGGGAGUGAAGUUUCCAGACCUGCGUGAUGCGUAGCUCUCCCGGACCAUUAUCAUGCAGUGCUGACGGAGCGGUCACGGGGUGGGGGGGGCAUCCCUGAGGGAGUGGAAGAAGGUUCUGCUUGGACCCUGGGAGUGGUUCAGUGGCUCCCACGCAAGCCCACCACACGCCAAGCCUUAGUCUGGGGUGUCCAGAUGUGACACCAUAGCAUCCUUGGCUCUUUCCACAGGGAAGGGUCCUUUACCAUGCUGUGGUUAGCACUCCCUGAUCUUUCUGUGCCAUUCCAUUUUUGGACUCAGCUCUGGGAACAGUGCCACUCCAGCCACGUGGUGUCCCGGGAAGCCACUGGACACUCUCAGGGCUGCCUGCCCAGCGCUCCAGGUCCCUAAUUGACGUAUGAGUGACUGAGGCUCAAAGGACCAACACGGCCACUCUUUGCAAAGCUGCCUGCUUAGCACAUCCCUGAGGCAGGAGUGUUUUCAGUCCCCUAGUUCACCUGUGACUGCGUCAGAGGCCAUUAAGAUAUUAAUAUAUUAGCAUGUCUGCAAGAUGCUAUUUUGGUUAAGUUUUAAAAAGUGGCCAUUUCUUAUUCUGUUAGAAAUUCAGGCUACGGCAGCCUCCAGCUGCCCCGCAGGCCAGGCGUAGGGUCCGCACUGGGCACCAAAGCCGUGAGUCACGCACCCGAGCUCAGCAAGCACGAUUACGUCCAUGAACCUGUCUCCAGUCUUGCCCCUUCUGCCCACCUCCCCCCAGCCUGGAGCGGACGGGAAACGUGGCCCAGGUCCGAGAACAAAAAGAAGG